UAGGAGAUCAACUUGGCAAGCAUGAUAUUAGGAAAAUGCUACUCCACUAGCGUCGCCGACCGUUGGGAUUAUUAUGGGACGGCGUGGCUAAGGAGCAUGGAUGAGGACAUCAUGCUUCCUAAAUUACCGCCCGUUUGGUACCCGAUCCAUACCCAGGUGUCCUUGCGGGUCUUUUCCUUAGGAUGCUAAGCAUAAACAGAGGCGUUCUUUGAUGGAGACAAAAGGAGAUAUGGGUGGAUUCAAGUCGGCGACUCGAUUUGAAUAUACAAGAUGACUAAAGUAUAGCACCUUUACGCCAAUUUUAAAGGUUUUAAUUUUUUUUUCCAUCCGCCGCUUAUUCGCCAAUUCUUCCCCUUAUCCAUCGUGUCCGGCAGGCGUCAAAGGCACAUCUAAUAUUUUGCGGCUUAAGAAUAUGUUUAGACCUUUCCUAUCCGGCGCCGCCUUCGGUGCAGCCCUGACAGCAACUGCGAUCCAUCAACCUGCUGCUAUCGUUGGGCAGAUGAAUUUGCAAGACUGGCACAUGGUUACCACCUUUCUGACUGCUUCUGGAACUAGCACUAUAAUCGUCAACGUGUUACAACGACUAGGUUAUCUUCACUUGAACCCUCGAAAUUACUCGACAAUCAACGUCUUCGGUUUUCUCGACGGUAACAUAAUAGGGGGGUGUCUAUUAGGCGCUGGCUUGGCUGUCUCCGGAUCUUGUCCAGGGACAGUUUUCGCACAAGUCGGGGCUGGCAUCCCCUCUGGUCUCUACGCACUUAGCGGAACGAUAAUCGGGGGUAUAAUCUGGUCGUGUCUUCUACGGCCUACAAUUCACAGUCGAGAGAAACCGAAUAAGAGGACAGAGAUUUCUAGACACCGCCAUUUAACCUUGGACGAGUGGAUAGGGACGAGCCAGACGAAAAUACUAGUAACUCUCGAGAUCUUGUUGACAAGUGUUAUUACGAUAAUCGUCUACUUGGCAUCCCCUAAGUCCGAUGGAUUAGCAGGGCCGGUAACAGGAGGUUUUUUGAUUGCUGGCGCUCAACUGGUUUCGAUCGUGCUACGGAAGACCCUCCUCGGUACCUCUAGUUCCUUCGAGGAGGUCGGCGACUAUCUUUGGUGGAUAAUAGGGCGAGGAGAAAAGCCGAAGUCGUACAAUACCAUUGUGCUUGCCGCAGGUAUGGUCACUGGAGCAUUGGUCGUUUCGUUAGUGUCGCCAUCUACGAAAGCGGCAUCUGAAAUCGAAAUCAAACCCACUAGAGCGGUUCUUGGCGGCGUUCUCUUAGCAAUCGGCUCUCGAAUGGGAGGUGGUUGUACGUCCGGGCAUGGAAUUAGCGGAAUAUCGCUCCUUUCUGUCUCGAGUUUUAUUACUGUGGCUGCCAUGUUUGCUGGUGGUAUGGGUGUGGCUAUGAUUAUGGGGUAACAUAUAUACCGCCCUUACGUGCGUAAAAGGAUACUAGUGGUUUCGGUACAUGUUCCAACCGUCAAGAAGAGAACACGAGGACAUCGAGUGAAACGCGCAUAUACCUGAACGAUAAUCGCCUCAUCGUACUAUAUGACCUUCACCAUACAUCGUACAAUACGGAAUCAUAUCCGUACCAUUUCCCCUCAAGAGUAUUAAAUCGGGUUCGCCGAGGUCCUGCUCUAUUCGCCUUUACAAAAGAAAUUAAGGAG